GCCAGCCUCGAGGUUAAGUCCAAGGCUCCCAAUGGCGUCACCUUCAACGUCAAGGGCAAGUCUGCCCACGAGGGUCCCAUUGCUGGCUCCGUAAGUCUCGCGCCUUGCGCCACCCUGGGCUUUGCAGAGCUCAAUUGGCCAAAUCGGUACUGAUUCGCAACUCGUUAUCUGUAUAGCUUGAGGCCAAAUACGUCGACCUGCCUACUGGUAAACGCCCCAUAACGCGCAAACCACCUGAUCCCAGCACCAAGAGAACCGGCGAAGCCAGGUCCAUGUUCUCCUUUACAUGCGGCCAGGUCUCGUCAGCAUACUUCAGAUUCCUAUUCAUGACCAGGAUAGUCGCUCAUUCCGUGAUGCUAAUACUCUGUCCCCACCCAGGUCUCACCCUCACCCAGGCUUGGACCACCGCCAACGCCCUCGACACCAAGCUCGAGCUCGACAACAACAUUGCCAAGGGUCUGAAGGCCGAGAUCCUCACUCAGUACCUGCCCUCCAAGCAGUCCAAGGGUGCCAAGCUCAACCUCUACUUCAAGCAGCCCAACCUGCACGCUCGUGCCUUCUUCGACCUCCUCAACGGCCCCUCCGCCAACUUCGACGCUGUCCUUGGCCACGAGGGUUUCCUUGUUGGUGCUGAGGGUGGCUACGACGUCCAGAAGGCUGCCAUCACCAAGUACUCUGCUGCCGUCGGCUACAGCGUUCCUCAGUACACCGCUGCCAUCACUGCUGGCAACAACCUGACUGUCUUCUCCGCCAGCUACUACCACCGCGUCAACCAGCAGGUUGAGGCCGGUGCCAAGGCUACCUGGGACUCCAAGGCCGGCAACUCUGUUGGUCUUGAGGUUGCCAGCAAGUACAGACUCGACCCCUCUUCCUUCGCCAAGGCUAAGAUCAACGACCGUGGUAUUGCGGCCUUGGCCUACAACGUCUUGCUCCGCCCUGGCGUCACCCUCGGUCUCGGUGCUUCCUUCGACACCCAAAACCUGAACCAGGCCGCCCACAAGGUCGGUGCCAGCUUCACCUUCGAGGCUUAGAUGGUUUCUCAAACCAAACAUUUUUCGCACCUCGAGUAUCCUCCACACCUAGAUUCCAAUGCCCCGAGAUCUUUUUCUCAGUACGAAUUGAAAAUACUUUGCAAGAAGCUGCCAACAGCAGUUAUGUGUUGAUCUGAUAGUAAUUUAGAGUUUUCUGAGUUGGCUGUUUUCUUGGUCCCCACGUGGCUCCGCAGUUACUACGUGACGUCGCGGUCGGAGAUCGUUGAAGUAAGCGCUAGAAAACAUUGUUGGAGUGGAUGUGGAUCUCUGUUGAGGUGGGCUUAGUCUAUUUCAUGUAUCGUAUACCACGAAGAUCACUGUAUAUCAGGUCCGAAUUUCAUUUGUUUGACGUCCAAA